UGACGUUUCAAUAAGUGACCAUUUCAAGUUGCAGUGCUAAAAGAAGUGGGUGUUUUGCGGUGUCCCGUUAUAAAUAAUCAUGAAUUAAAUAUACCACCGAAGUGGUCGAUAAAGGGUCGUUUUCCCUUUGACGUUUCAAUAGUUUCGUAACCAUGGUGUUUUGCAUACUGCCAAAAGGACAAUCGCAUAGCCACGGGUGAAAUGGAAGAUUACGACGAUGAGCCCGAUUUAAAUGAACAAACGUUUCACAACAAUGUACGCGAACAAAUCAUAUUCCUGCUGCUGUUCCUGCUGCUCUACCUGGCUAGCUUCGGCCUGCUUCGCCGGUACCGCAGGCACGGUCGCGAGGACUACUACAGCACGGACGAGGACGAGGUGACCGUCUACAGGAUCAGCACCUGGCUCUGCACCUUCUCACUUGCCGUGUCCAUCGGGGCGGUGCUCCUCUUGCCCAUCUCGAUCGUGUCGAACGAGGUGCUCAUCAUUUAUCCCAACAGUUAUUACAUCAAGUGGCUCAAUUCUUCACUCAUUCAAGGUCUUUGGAACUAUGUGUUCCUCUUCUCGAACCUGUCGAUCUUUGUGCUGCUCCCGUUCGCCUAUUUGUUCACCGAAUCGGAAGGAUUCUUCGGACACCGCAAAGGACUGAUGGCCAGGCUGUACGAAACGUUCACCGUUUUCUGUCUCCUCGGCCUGGUAGUUUUGGGCAUGACUUAUGUGAUUUCCGCACUGAUUGACAAAGACAAGUCGAGCAUCCAAACUAUAUUGAAUUUGUGGAGUUAUUAUUUGCCUUUUUUGUACUCAUGCAUAUCGUUUAUGGGUGUGCUAAUUCUGCUUGUUUCCACACCAAUGGGAUUCGUCCACCUGUUCGACGUGGUGGGCCAGUUCCUGAUCAAGCCCCACUUCCUGCGCGACAUCAAUGAGGAGUACUUCACCUGCGCUCUGGAGGAGGAGUGCCUUCGCCGCAGGCUGAAGCAGACGCAACGCACGGGCAAGUUCUACGUCAGUCCGGCGCCCAUGUCGAUCUACGAGGUGCCCGCCCACGACGACGAGUUCAAGCUGCCCCGGGGCAUCCUGCGGCUGCGCAAUGGCGAGCUGCAGAGCGGACUAGGAGUGAUGUUGAGUGAGGUGGAGGAGAGAAGAAAGAAGCUAGAUAAACAACGGCAAACGUCUUCGUUGCGAAGAAACGUGGUUUAUCCCGUGGCAAUGCUACUUCUCCUAGGCCUGACGAUUAUAGCGGUGCUGCUGGUGUUACAAAACACCGUGUCAUUGCUCAUAGGAGUCAAGGCACUCCCACUCAGCUCUAAGCAAUUUACGUUGGGCGUAAGUUCGCUGUCGAAACUGGGUCCCUUCGGCGCCGCCAUGGAAAUAGUCCUGAUAAUUUAUUUAAUAGUAACAUCCUCAAUCGGUCUCUACACCGUCCCUGUGGUGAGCAGAAUCAGGCCGAAGCACAGAAGCACUCCGUUCUGUUUGAUCAUAGCCAACUGCGCACUGUUGGUCACAAUCAGUUCCGCCUUGCCCCUGUUGUCUAAAAUAUUAGGUAUAACAAAUUUUGAUCUCCUUGGAGACUUUGGUAGCAUCGAGUGGUUGGGUAACUUCCAGAUAGUGCUGCUUUAUAACCUGCUGUUCGCCGCCGGUUCAACGCUCUGCGUUGCCAACAAGUUCACCGUCAAGGUCCGCAGGGAGUUGUACGCACGGGUAUUCAUGGAUGAGCAUCCUCCUUCAGUCCCAGCGACGCCACGACCUUCUGUGAUUGAUAUAAGCUAAGGUGUUUCUCAUUAAAAGUAAAUAUGAAUCCAAUAGUAAAUAUUGUAGUUACUAUAUUUUUGAAUGAAUCAUUUUAAUUUGACAGAAACUAUCUAAUUAUUAUUGCUAUUAUUAUUAUUAUUAUUUCUUAUUAUAUUAGUUAAUCCUCAAUUUAGUUUUCACUUACUGAUAAAUAAAUGUAAGAGACUGUUAUUCAAAUAAGCAUCAGUAUGAGACAUAUUAUUUCGUUCCUGUUUCACUGAUAAAAGACAAUCAUUUGGUUUUAGUUCUUAAAAGACUAAAUGCAUUUAUUUUAAUUUUAUAAAAUAAUUAUUGUAUUGUUUUGUAUCAAAAUAUGUCUGUUAGAAUCGAUAAAGGUUUUUCCAUCACCCAUUGUCUGUUUCUAAUGAACAAAAUUAUAUUUAUUUUAAUUUUUUGUCACCAGUAUUUUUGCCAAAUGUGAAUUUGUGUUUCUCGAUAUUAACACCAAUUCAAUUUGUUAUUAGAAAGAUCUUAUUUUGUUUACUUAAGAUUUUCUGUAGAAAUUUGCUCAAGUGAAUUUUGUAUAAUCUAGUCCACUAAGCUGUUGAAACUGUUUUGUAUGUUAAUCAUUUAUUUAUUAUAAAGUAAAAUAAAAAUAUGUUGUUUUA